AUGAAAGCAAACGAUCAAAUAACUCAAAAAAAUAAGGCAAAAAAACAAUUGUUGGAGCAAAGAAUUAGAGAACACCUGGCACAUAAAGAACUGUUUAAACGUCCAGAUAUAGUCCCAGAGCAGAGAUACUCUGAAAAAUCUUCGUCAUUUUUGCAGAUUUCAGAAAAUGAAUUGGAUAUGGAGCCAGAAGUUCUGACUUCCCAAAUCCUAUUUUGGCAAAUUAAUACCGCAUGCACUUUUAAUAUAAAAUAUUUUGAUGUAAAUAGUGAGUUAAUUCUAUAAUAAUUUAGCCAGCUUGCAUUUUAAUCGUGUAGAUUUAUGAUAUACAAGUUGCCCGAUGAUGGCGCUCAAUGUGCUAUCAUCGGACAACUACAGUUCAGGAUCCACACUGGAAACGGGUUCAAGUGUGGAGCCCUUUUUGGCACGUGAAAGUGAGGAUUCUCCACGUCUCAAAAGGGCUCCACACGUGGAACCCAUUUCCCAGUGUGGACCCUGAACUGUAGGUGCCCGAUGAUGGCACAUUGAGCGCCAUCAUCGGGAAUUUCCUAUAUUUUCCAUUUUAAUAAUUAGAAAUCGAUCUUUUUAAGUCAAAACCUGUUUUGUAUACAAUUCAUAUAAAAAUUUAGUAACAGGAAAAAAACUUGUGCUCUCUCACGUUGGAAGAUUAAGUACAAAAGGUGAAAGUCCGAAAGCAGAUGAAGAAAAUCUACUAACAAUCCAAUCUUUGACUAAUAAGCUUCAUCAAGAAGAAAACGCGCGCCAAGAUGUAGAACUAAAAUACCAAGAAAUUAAAGAAAAUAAUUUAAAAAAUACAGAGAAAAUUGAAAAGCUUACAGAAGAAAUAGAGAUCCUGAGUAGGGAAAUUUUAGCGGAAAGAGAGAUAUACAGAGGAGAAGCUGAAAAAUUUAAAACUGCUUUAUCAGAAAAAGACGAAAUCAUAGAUAGACUGAAAAAAGAUUUAUCACAAUGCGAUUUCACAAUAGCAGAAUUAGAAGCAAGGCUACAAUCAUCAAAUACUUCGAAUGAUCUCCAAAUACAUGAAAUUUAUAAAAUAUUAGAAAAAGAAAGAAAAAAGCAUUCACAAGAACUUAUGAAAAUAAGCAAAAUGCUGGAGCUAGAAAGGGAACAAAAGUUUCAAGCUCUUCAAUCAUUAGAAGAAUUAAAAAGUAAAGCAAACUCAACUAAUGAUUUUGAAAAUUAUCAAAAUGAGCUUAAAGAAGCCAAAGAUUACAUUAAAAAUCUUCAACUAGAGUACCAAAAAUACUUCAAAAAAUUGAAUAAAGAGAUAGAAGAAAUAAAGUUCCAAAAUAAACUUUUAUUAGGAGAAAUAAAAUUUGAUGAUCCUGUAAGAGAAGAAAACUUAAGGCUACAAAAAAGAUGCAUAGACUUAGAAGAAAACUUAAAAGCAAAUAACCAACUUAUUGAAAACGCAGUAAAUAAAAGCAAUAAAGAGAAAUCAAUUCAAAUCUUCAAAGAAAAGCGAGACCUUAAAAGAAUCAUUCAAGACCAAAUCGCCCAUAACGCAGAUAUUGUAAAUCAAAUUGAAAAUAAGCUAACUCCCCCCCAUCCUUGAUCAAACGACUCGCCAUCGUUCGAUCAAGGAUGGGGGUUAAAAAAAUUUUUUUUGGGAAAAAAAAUUUAUAUAUAUUUUUUUUAUAUUUACUUUAAAUAAGAGGGUUAAGAGUAUUUAAUAAUUAUUUUUACAGCAAAAAAUUGAAUUAAUUUCAUAAAAUACCAAUUUUUAAUAUUUUUGAUUUAUUAGUCACCCCUUUAAACUGUAUAAAUUUUAAUUUGUUCCUUAUUGAAUUAAAAUUUUUUUUUUAAAUUUUAAAGAAUCUCUAUUUUUUUAGAUUAUUGAGUUUUUUAAGCCUAGAUUGAUGACUAAAUCACUUCGGAUGGUUGAUUCCGCAGCUUUCUGUCGUCUCAAAGCUCUGAAAACAACUUCAUUAGGUACAUCUUCCUAAGCUUUGAUAACUAAUAUAUUUUUAUAUUUAUAAAAAUUUGCAUGAUAUGAAAAUCGUUCGAUCAAGGAUGGGGGGGGUUAAUUUCCCCAAUUUUUAGGAAUUUUACAGUCAAUCGUUCGAUCAAGGAUGGGGGGGGGGGAAUAAGUUCAGGAGAAAAGCCUCCAAAACACAAAUUAAUUAUUUCCAGCCGCAGUGAGAGAAAAUUUUUUAACGAGAACUCCGCUGACUCUUUAAAGAUUGAUAUCUUUGACCUUGCUCAAGAGCCUCGAAAAGAGUUCGGCGGAAGUCAAUAUUCUACUCCAAAAAAUUUUAGAAAUAAUCCAAGCACCCCAUCAUCCAAAAAUUUAAAAGAUCGCUGCGACGUGUGCUUCCGAAAGCCUCAUCCCAAUUUUGAGCAUACUCUUAAAAAAUAA